AUGUCGUACCAAGAGCGUGAAGCAAAGAAGAGAAAGCUUGCCAGCAGCGGCGGCAAUGCUCAACAAUCCUUCCAUGCCGUCAAUGUCCCGGCCCAAGAGGGAAGAGACUGGACUGUCUCUGUAGCUUUCCCCAGCAGCACAAUCGCAACACUACCUACCGCUGAACAGCGAAUGGCUGUGCCCAGCCGCAUUGCCCGCGCCCUCGCUAUCUUUUCGGUCGACGAAGUCAUUGUCUAUGACGACUCUCCUUCGUCUUCGCGUCCGCACAAGACCGACACAUCUGUUUAUACCGGAGACACAGAUCCAUGCCACUUUCUGACACACGUACUAUCGUACAUGGAAACGCCGCCGUUCAUGCGAAAGGCUCUAUUUCCUCUACACCCCAACCUGCGACUCACGUCCUCGCUGCCGGGUCUCGAUACUGCUCACCACCCACACCCCAAAGAAUCAAUGCCCUACAGGGAAGGUGUCACAAUUGCGGGAAUGACAAAGUCGAGCAAUGGCACGCUGGUCGACAUUGGCUUGGAUAAGCCCGUCGAGAUCAAGGAGGACAUUCCUCCCAAGACGAGAGUCACCCUCAAGCUUGCAGAAGAUGAGUCCGAACCCUGCGAGUGCGUGCAUCCUCACGCGCCCCGCACAGAAGCCGGCUUCUACUGGGGCUACACUGUUCGAAAGGCAGCCUCUCUUUCGGCUGUCUUUACCGAGUCUCCCUACGAGAAUGGAUAUGACCUGAGCAUCGGCACGUCCGAGCGAGGAUCUCCUGCGUCUAAAGAGUUCCCUGCUUCGAAGCGCGUGCAAUUCAACCACAUGCUCAUUGUGUUUGGUGGGCCGCGAGGCAUCGAAUAUGCGGCGAUGAACGACGAGGAACUCGGUGGGAUGGGUAUUCAGGGCGGGAAGACAAGGGAGCUGUUUGAUCACUGGGUCGAUGUGCUGCCGAACCAGGGCAGUAGGACGAUUCGGACGGAGGAAGCCAUGUAUAUUGCGCUGACGGUAUUGAAGCGGAUUUGGGAUAAUGAGUAA